CCGCUAGCUUGGUCUUUUUUAGAUUCCAGUCGAGUUUACAAGGAGAGAAUAUGAGCUGAACACGGUCAGGACACACUCAAACUGGACCGGGUUCAACACAGGAGACACUCUCACACACACUUUGUGUUUGAAUCCACGGAUUUAAGCGCUACAGCGGCAGCGGGAGACAUUUUGGAUCCGAGUGUUAGCUAACCGCUAAUUAAAGCCGCCGCGGUGACUGUGGAUCAUCAGCUGGGACGAGAAUGGCUCGGCCGAGGAAGAAAACCACUCCUGGGUGUUUAGCAUGAGGCUCUGCGGGGGGAAACGACUGGAAGACAACCGAGAAAACUACAAGAAGAAGAAGGAACAGAGGAGGAGGAGAGUGUGCGAGAGAGCCUGCUGACAUUCAUUUCUCCAGCAGAAGAAGAAGAAGAAGACGAUGAUGAUGGGAGGAGGAAGAGUGGAGCUGCUGGAGGUCUGCUGGCUGCUGCUGCUGCUGCUGAGCGGAAACUCACACUGCAGAGACUCUCAGCAGACAGAACACCUCUCCUCCUACCAGCUGACCGUCCCUCGACCAAUAGGAGGACGGCUGAGGCGGGAUGUGGACGGAAGACCCCCCAAUCAGGUGUCGUACGUCGUCACUGUGGAUGGAAACGAUCGUGUUGUUCAUCUGGAGAGAAAUGAACUGCUGCUACCUGCAGACUUCACCGUGUUCUCCUACAGUCAGAACGCAUCUCUGAUCACAUCCAGACCACCUGUACAGAACCACUGUCACUAUCGGGGUGUCGUUCAGGAUGUGGAGGGUUCAUCUGCUGCUAUGAGCAUCUGCAACGGCCUCAGGGGAGUGUUGCAUCUCACUGACCACAGCUACGGCAUCGAGCCGUUAGACUCCUCCCCCGACCAGCACCUGGUGUACCGUCUGCAGGAUGUGACAUCACAGCCCCGCGGCUGUGGAACGCCACAUGAGGAUGAGCAGGACCACAACAACGCCACGGAGCAUCCUCAGUACGAUCCAGAGGAAAUCCACCACAGGCCACACAGGAGGAUGAGGCGAGCUGUUCUCCAUCUGACUCACUAUGUGGAGCUGCUGCUGGUGGUCGACAACGACAGGUAUAAUUACAUGAACAGGAAUGAGACAGCAGUGAGGGAGGAGAUGGUUCAUCUGGCCAACUUCAUAGACAGCAUCUACAUGCAGCUGAAUGUUCGGGUGGUCCUGGUCGGUCUGGAGAUCUGGACUCAUCAGAACCUGAUCAGCACUGACGGAGCAGCUGGAGAAGUGCUGAGUCGCUUCACUCAGUGGAGAGAGAAAGAGCUGGUUCAUCGGCGCCGCCAUGACUCAGCACAACUCAUCCUGAAGAAGAGCUUUGGAGGAACAGCAGGGAUGGCCUACGUCUCCACCGUCUGCUCCAGAAGCCACGGGGGCGGGAUCAAUGCGUUCACCAAUAAGAACAUUCCUGCGUUCGCCUCCAUCGUGGCUCAUGAACUCGGCCACAACCUCGGGAUGAACCAUGACGAUGGACGCACCUGCACCUGCCCCACCCCCGCCUGCAUCAUGAACUCUGGAGCCACAGGAUCCAUGAACUUCAGCAGCUGUAGCGCUGAUGACUUUGAGAAGAUGAUCUUGUUGACGGGGGGAACGUGUCUCCUGAACGUCCCUCGGCCAGACGAGGCCUACAGCGCCCCCUACUGUGGAAACAGACUGGUGGACAUGGGAGAAGAGUGUGACUGUGGAUCACAGAAGGAGUGUGAGAAGGACCCCUGCUGUGAGUAUCAGACCUGUAAACUGAAGGCUGGAGCUCAGUGUGCCUUCGGAGAGUGCUGCUCACACUGUCAGUACCUACCAGGAGGAACUGUGUGUCGCUCCAGUACAGACUCUGAGUGUGACCUACCAGAGUACUGCAACGGCUCCUCAUCCUUCUGUCAGAGCGACGUCUUUGUCCAGAACGGGCAGCCCUGCAGGAACCAGCAGGCGUACUGUUACAACGGGAAGUGUCAGCACCACGACAGACAGUGUCAGGACAUAUUUGGAUUAAAGGCGAAGGCAGCUCCUGAAAUCUGUUUCAAAGAUGUCAACAGUAAAGGCGAUCGCUUCGGCAACUGUGGUUACCAUAACUACGGUUACAAGAAGUGUGAGAGCAGAAACGCUCUGUGUGGGAAGCUGCAGUGCUCCAACGUUCAGGUGGUGACGGUGUUCGGCAUCGAGCCGUCCAUCAUCAGCACGCCGAUCGCAGGAGGAAAAUGUUACGGAGUCGACUUCAUGUUGGGGUCAGACGUCCCCGACCCAGGCAUGGUGAACGAAGGGACCAAGUGUGGAGACAACAAGGUCUGCAUGAACUUUGAGUGUCGCGUCGCAGACGUCCUGAACUACGACUGUGACGUGGAGAACAAAUGUCACGGACACGGGGUGUGUAACAGUAACAAGAACUGUCACUGUGACGACGGCUGGGCUGCUCCUUUCUGUGAGGUCAAAGGUUACGGUGGCAGCGUGGACAGUGGACCCACAUGGAACGAUAAGGACACGUCCCUCAGAGACGGUCUGCUGGUCUUCUUCUUCCUCGUUCUUCCUCUGCUCGCUCUGGGUGCGUUUGUCUUCCUGCGCAGGAACGAGCUGCUGCGGCGACUCGGGCUGAGCCGCAGGAAGAGAUCGCAGGGAUACCAGGCUGAUGGAGCAGCUUCAGCCAAUCCCAGCAGAGGACCGCCUCCCAGGGCGCAGCCCCCAUCUGUUGCCAGGGGCAACACCAAUAACAUUGUCAGAGAUGGGCACCAUGCUCAGCUGCUGCCACCACAGGAGGUGGUGGAGACCAGCAGGACAGCUCCCUCCUACUCUCUGAGGCCUCCUCCUCCUCCUCUCAAACCGAAACCUUCUGCUGCAGCACAGCCUCUUGUGCCUCAAAGACCUGCCCCUGCACCACCUGUUUAACCAAUCAGAGGGCCCCGCCACCACACCUUAACGACAACCCUCCUCCUCCUCCUCUUUCUCCUCAAGAAUCAGUCCCCACCCACAGCUGGUUACCUAGCUACAGCAAGGAAACGAUUCUGGAGCCUGACAACUGGCCCUGAAGUCUGGGGCCGGACAACGAACUGGACCGCUCUUUCAGGAAACUGGACCCAGUCCACAGGACUGGGUUUGUACCAGAAAAACAGGAACACGCUGGUACUGAACUGAAGCAGCUAUCUUUUCUGCAAUCUUUCUUUCUUUUCUAAGUGCAGUCUGGAGACAAAACUCAAAACUCUGCUCCAUCAGGUGAGAUCUUCUGCUCUGCCACCAAACCAGCCAAUCACAUCUCCAGAACAGCUAUCUGUGAGAUCAUCAAGCAAAUACUUUAUAAACUUUCAUCACCAACCAAAAAUGUAUUUAGCAAAAUUUGUAUUCCUGCUGUUAAAGUGUUUUAAUUUACUCGAUGACCUCUGUUAUGCCCCCUUGCUAGCUAACAUAGCUAACGCCAGUUAGCUGCACUGUUAGAACUAGCUAACUAAUAAUGUUAGCUUACGUGUGUGAGCUAAUGCUACCUGUCACCAGUAACACUGUGUAGGUUCCUGGCCUACAGUAUAGUCAAAAUCUAACAUACAUGCUACCACAAUAAAUGAUUUACUGUUCAGUAUAGUAAGCUAGCCAGCUUAUUAACAAACAUUCACUUGCUAAUAGUAACAGUAAAAGACUGCAAGUUAAGUUUGGUUUUCUACAGUUUGACAGUGCUAGCGCUAGCCUAUGACGUACCCACUGUAUGUCACUAUAACUACCCUUAUUUAGGCAGUUAAUUAGACCACGUUGUCAUUUUAGACCGGCACAUGUACAGUUUAUAUGAAUGUGCCAGAUAUACAAUAAAUAAUUUUAAAUAAUGAUACCUUGAUUUCAGACAAGCAAUCAAAAGCAGCUUCUCACUUUUUUAGCCAUUAAUUUAUAGCUGUCCAGCAUCUAGCUAGCAUUAGUAUUAGCAUUAGCGUUAACUCCAUGGCUGAGCUGAAAUCACUUUCUAUUUACCACACAGUGCUCUGUGUCUACUUUUGAGUAUUAUUACUGUGUGAAAAUGUAAAUAGAGCAUCAAUAAUUACACAUUUGUUAACGACGUGUGAACUACUGUCUGCUAACUGUCCCACAAUGCAGUGCUCUUCAGUUCUGCAACUCUACUCCAGCAGUAAUGAUGCAAAAUGAGAAUAAUAAGUAAACAUGUACUGUUAUAUAUAAUGCAUAUAUAUGAAAAUGUCUCUGACUGACUUAGCAUGUGUUUAACGACUUCCAUCGUUAACAGAACGUUUGUAAUGAUACAAGAAGGAGCGGAAUAGUUACUAACAGUUAAUUACCGUACUCAUGGGUGCAUCACUCUGAUUGGCUGGUUUGAAGACAGAGGUCACUGGAGGCGGAGCUUGCACUUGGAAGCUUUCUGCUUUUCUUUCUGUGACGAAGCACUGGUGCCGUCUGAUUGCACUUCCCCUCUGAGCAGCACUGUCAUAGGAAUGUAACGCACCCCUGCUGCUGCGUGUGGGUGCGCUUGGUCUCCGUCACCUUGUGCGCCCGGCACUCUCUCC